AUUAUCGUCGGGGUAUGCGCGUCUGCGAUUACCUAGUAUUAAUUUGGAAAGUAUAGAAAUACUUUGGAAUAUUUUAUUUGGUUAAGUAUCAUAAAAUUAAUUAGACAAAUAUGAGCAAAGUGCUUUUAUUGUGUUUGGCUGCCAUCUUAUCAAGUUGUUCCAGCAGUCCAAUAGAAAUAAGCAAGCAAGUUAGUCGCUAUGGGGAACUCAAUUCAUAUUAUGUUUACUCCCGUGAUAACCCGAGGCAACCUACUAGAAUCUAUCCCACUGUGCAGUCUGUGAACCUUGACACUCGCACCUUCCGUAGCAAGGUUGUUCUUCUUGUUCAUGACCAUGGGGAGAUGCUCGGAACUUCAUUGGAUACUGUUGUUACUGACGCACUUUUGUCAACAGAAGACGUUACAGUCAUAGUGGUCGACUGGUCUUUAGUAGCUAGUCAACCGUACGCGAACGCUGUAGCACAAGUUGCCAAUAUAGGUGCCAAUAUAGCUGAACUCAUUCGAAUCCUGCUUCAAUACAGACGGUUCACUUUGGCCAACCUACACUUGGUUGGAUUUGGGCUUGGCGCUCACAUCGUUGGAUACGCUGCAAGAAGUACAAAUGGCGAUGUCGCAAGGAUAACCGGACUGGAUCCAUCUCGUAUGGAGGGGAUUUUGAACACUGGUCAUUUGAAAGCGAGUGACGCAGCGUAUGUUGAAGUGAUCCAUACAGACGGACAGGGGGACGAAGCCAUUGGUGUAGGAAUACCACUUGGCCAUGUAGACUUCUUCCCGAAUGGUGGCACUGAUCAACCUGGUUGCCGUGAUAACGCUUGCAACCACAGACGAGCUUACGAACUGUUUGCUGCUUCUAUAACUCACGAAAGUCGUAUCGGGAAUCGAUGCCCUUCAGACGUGGUACCGUCACUGAAUGAUUGUCACGGCUUCACUCUUGGUAUGGGCACAAACAAUUUGGUUAAAUAUGGAUCAGGAUCAUACUUCUUAGAAACUGGCCGAACUUAUCCUUACAGUAUAACUCUAGACUUGAUACCCGAUGUACCGGACGAGUUGUAGAAUCUGGUAAAUUACAAAAAGCAAUUUCAAUAUCGUUUUAAUUUAUUAUUGACUCCUAUCAACCAACCUUUUCACUCCGAAUACCCGACAAAGCAAUUCUGACAACAUAUCUGACUUAUUAAUCAAAAGAUAAUAAUAGAGGGUGUUAGUGACAUCGUAACGAAAACUUUGGUGCACCGAAGCACGGAUCAUCUUACUUUCGGUCAAUCGGAUGAUCAGUCUGUAAUGUCCUAACCAAACUAGGGAUCACAAAAUGAUUUUUGUGCAAUGUCCCCACCCGAAGUUAAACCCGGGACCUCAAUCGUGAGCGCUCAAACAACACUCAAACCACUGAAUCACGGAGGCCGUAACAACAUAAAAUGGCGUCACGCCUGUAUCGCAGACUGAGGCCUACCUCUUCGGGGAACCCACCUGCGUAUAUGUACAAAGAAAGAAAGAAACAUUUAUUAUAAAGGGACAGUACAAAACAGAUAAAAAACAAAAUAUGGAAUAACACAUAACUUACAAUCAAAACACGUAACAAAAACAACUUGUACAAGAAAGUACAAAUAAAUAGACAGUUAACAUUAAGGCAAAUUGUAAUUGAGUGUAUAGACUGGUCAACAAUGGUGGUGGUGUCCUUUAUAAAAGGGCCUCACUCAGCAUAAGCCGCGGCGCGAGCCACUACGCUGGAAUUCUGUGGACCCUGCUGAGUGAGGCACGGAAAUCGUAUCUUCCACAAAUGCAACAUCUACUAUGAAUACAUCCUAUAAUGCCUAUAAAAGAUAAAUAAUGUUAUAAAUCUUAGAAUGUGUUUCGAGUUAGUGUGUGUGCGGAUUUGAACGAAUAUAUAAUAUAGACCUCCACCCAUGUUUUACCCAAUAUAUUUUGGUCCUGGUGCAUUUGUCUCAUCAUUUAACGUGUUAAACAAUAAAGAAAAUAAGUACCGCUAACAAGAUUGAAAUCAGUUUUAUCGUUUACUUUAUCUUUAUAAUCACUUGUGUCAUUCUGAUAUCUAUCUACAAAUAAACCGAUUGUUUUAUUGGAAAUCGUAUCUGGUCAAGACAUAUAAAACAUAAUAACUAUAUACUUCCUAAUAGUAUUAAAAUAUGAUUAGACUAUAAUUACUUACUUACCUUCAUUGUACAUGAUAGUGGUAUUUUAAAUAACUUACGAUCAGACGCGAACAUCGUAGGUCCCUGUAGAAGAUUAUAUUAUUAUUAUUUAUUUUUAUAAGCCAUAAUUUUGUGUUAACAUUUUGUGUUUUGUAAAAUUAAAGUUAUUUUAAAUUUUA